AUGAAGUUCGGCAGCAAGGUCAAGCCCCUCCCCCGCCAGGCGUUCUGCCACUUCUGUUUUGAGCAGAAGCCCAAUCUCCCCAUUUGCCAGCGGUGCGAGAUGGUUCACUACUGCUGUAGAGAACAUCAAAUCGCAGACCACCCUUACCAUAAGAAAAAGUGCCAGCGUAUCGCUCAGUGCAUCAAGGAUGUGUCCAAGGAAGCCGAGCGGCUGCGAAAUGUUGUAUGGGAUGCCGACCCAUACGGCAAGUUCUUCAUUAUUCCAAAGACUCGAGAGUACAUGCUUGCCCAGUGGCGUCUCGCCACCGCGAUGAGCUAUUUCGACACCUCAGACGCGGUCAAAGCAAACCUUGAGCUCCUGCUGAAGAUGUCUCAGCUGGGGAGGGCUGAUAACGGACUGUUCUUGAGGAACCUUAUCCCGGGCUUAAUGUUGCGACUCGGCAAGGACCAGGAGUGCUACGACUUUUUGAAGUGGUGGGGGACGACGCCCACCCACAGUCCUUGCUUUGACGAUAUUUACCUCCCAUACUUGGACCUCAAAGGCUCAUCUGCCUACGAGGACUAUAAUUGGAUAUUCUCCAGCAGCUCACUCGAGCUUUCCAUGGUUGUCGCCCUUAUACUGCUCAAGAUCAGAAUAUACCUCGACCUCCAGCUUUUACAGAGGGCUUUUCCUCCUUGUGCAGAUACGGCCGGCUCUUCUAAACAGCGCAAGGAUAACCAACGGGCGUCGGACAAAUCCAUCGAGGUAACGGCAACUCAAGACAUUACUCAGGACACGCCGGCCGUCCAGAAAGCUACUGAGAAUGAAUCUGUCCAUACACAGCCGAGCGAUGAACCCGCAUCUCUGCAGACUCAAAGUCAUCAAACGGACGCGCAGCAGCUCGGUAAUAUACUUUCCAGCAACGACACCGCUAGCAUGACCAAGGAUACCGAAAAGAGCAAUCCCAAUACAUCCCCCGAGGCGAAUAAAUCUGCCGAGUCCACUGAAAACGCCGAGCGAGACGAAACCAGCAAGACCGAGUCCCAAUCUUCAAAGCCGCUUCCCGAUACUGCCCGAAUCAUUCCAUGUCUCCGCAGUAACAUCAUCAUAGACCACUUGGAUCAGCUCAAGGACGUCGAUCAUUCGUGUAUGCUAGCUGAUUUGGAGAUGGAUAUAUCGGGGCUGUACAAGCUGAUUGACCGUAUAAACUCGAGGUUCUGGAGAGAUCUUUUGGACCCGACAAAAGCACUGAUCGCGGCUGUGUACAUCAUUGAGCCGGGUGGAAUGGCAGAAUCUUUCGAGGCUGUCAAUGCCUCGCAUAAAUCAUAG